UUCCACAGCUCCGGGAAACCUGUGUGGAUGCACCUGCUGAUGUACUUGCUGUUUCUGUAGGUUGCAGUGGGGCUUUCUCUAGCGUGAGGACUCACGAGUGGGCUACUAAAGGAUUACAUUACAUUACAGUCUUCCUCAUGACACACUGUGUUCUGCUUGGAAAUGACAUAUUUCGUAACAACCUAAAAUGCCCCCAAAACGUGCCUUAAAUGUAAAGUUAUGGAAUUCAAUGUGUGCGCUUUAAUUGGCAUCUCAAGAAAACCACUUGGGGUUUUUGGAAUCGACGAACUACAACUUGCAGAUACUCCGGCAACAGCUCAUGUGAGGAAGCAGGAGGUGGAAAGGGCCGCCUGAUGCCCGAACGAGUAAGACACGUGAUAGCAGGGGAUUCGUUGUGGGCAUCACGAUGCUUUAUGCGCUUGCAGGCAUGACAUGAACAGGCCAGACGGCACGCAAUCCCACAGCAAUAGCUGCCCGGCGCACUGAGCACGGGAGCGCGCAGCCCAUAGCGGGAGCGCGCAGAGCUUUGUGCAAAUAGGAGGAGUAAAGCGGCGGCAGGAGCUUGUGGCCAGUGGGAGGGAAGGGAAGGAGAUAAGGAAGCUGGGCAGACAGUAACUUGGAACGCUGAACCUGAUCGAACUGGAAUUCCUCUUACAUACUUUACAUUGCGAAGGCCCGUCGCACCCCUUUUACUGCGACAUUGAGUAUGUUUUGUAGAUCCUGAAAGAAUACAGUGCAAAUUUGCUUUAGAUAAAUGAUUCGGUAUUUUUUAAAGAAGAGACGAGAAAGGAAGAUAACUGGAAGCUCAGGCGAUCACGUUCACCCGGGAGAUUCUAACAGGAGGAGUUAUUAUGGGAUAAUUUUUUUUUUUUUUAAUGCGUCAAGUGUUUAGAGGAUUAUUUCAUUGCCGUCGGUGCUUAUUUUUCUUUGUGCGUCUUCCUUCACCUUUGGACUUUGGCGCUGUCAAUAACACGAAGCGGGUGUGAGGGCCGAUCAACAUGUCGGGGAGUCGGGAAGAGGAGCGCCGCAAACUGGCAGACAUCAUUAACCACUGGAACGCCAACCGGCUCGACCUGUUCGAGAUCAGCCAGCCCACCGAGGAUCUGGAGUUUCAUGGAGUCAUGCGCUUUUACUUUCAAGAUAAAGCUGCUGGAAAUUUUGCCACAAAAUGUAUUAGAGUUUCCAGCACUGCCACAACACAAGAUGUCAUUGAAACUCUGGCAGAGAAAUUUCGUCCAGAUAUGAGAAUGCUGUCUUCCCCUAGAUACUCUUUGUAUGAAGUUCAUGUCAGUGGAGAAGAAAGAAAACUUGACUUUGAAGAGAAGCCUCUUGUGGUUCAACUUAAUUGGAAUAAGGACGAUCGGGAAGGAAGAUUUGUUCUAAAGAAUGAAAAUGACAUCUUUCCAGCUAAAAAGGCUCAAAGCAAUGGACCAGAGAAACAGGAGAAAGAGGGUGUAAUCCAGAAUUUUAAGAGGACCUUGUCAAAAAAGGAAAAAAAAGAGAAAAAAAGACGUGAGAGGGAUAUUUUGAAGCAGUCAACAGAUAAUGAAGAUAGGCCUCAAGUGAGAGAUGAUAGUGAGAACUUACAGUUAGCUAUGGAGGUAUACAAAGAUAUGCCAGAGACCAGUUUUACUCGCACAAUAUCUAACCCAGAAGUGGUUAUGAAAAGAAGACGGCAGCAAAAAUUGGAAAAAAGAAUGCAAGAAUUUCGCAGCUCUGAUGGACGACCAGACUCGGGCGGGACAUUGAGGAUUUAUGCUGACAGUUUAAAACCAAAUAUACCAUACAAAACAAUCUUGUUGUCCACUAAUGAUACCGCAGAUUUUGCUGUUAUAGAAGCUUUAGAAAAAUAUGGAAUGGAGAAAGAAAACCCCAAGGAAUAUUGCAUUGCUAAGGUUGUAUUGCCACCUGGAGCUCAGCACUCAGACAAAGGCAUGAAAGAAUUUAUUCUAGAUGAUGAAGAAUGCCCUCUUCACAUAUUCAGGGAUUGGCCAAGUGAGAAAGGUGAACUUGUGUUCCAGUUAAAAAGACGGCCGACAGAUAGUCUUCUAAAGCAAAACCGAAAACAUGAAAGCAAAUCGGGAAAGAGCAAGGAGAGGGGCGACCACUAUUCUUUAUCGCUUUCUCCUGAUAAACUGCCUUAUUUGGUUGAGUUAAGUGCAGAUGGAUCAGACUCUAGAGAUAAGCCCAAGCUUUACCGUUUGCAACCGAGUGUCACAGAAGUUGGAACUGAAAAAUUUCAGGAUAAUUCCAUCCAGUUGUUUGGCCCAGGAAUACAACAUCACCAUUGUGACCUAAAUAACAUGGAUGGGGUAGUCACAGUUACUCCAAGAAGCAUUGAUGCUGAUACCUAUGUAGAUGGUCAUCGUAUCUCUGAGACUACUAUGCUGCACAGUGGAGUUACGGUUCAGUUUGGUUCUUCACAUGUGUUCAAAUUUGUUGAUCCCAACCUUGAUCACUUACUGGGUAAAAGGCUUUCUGAUGCUGGGCAAAUUGGUAAAAACCAAAGGAGCAAACAAGGGUUGCAAGAAACUACUUUUGGGCUAGAAGGUGAAGUACUUGGAGAUGUCACAUUGCCAGUAAAUAAGAUGGUCAGCAAACUGGACAAUGACAGAACUCCAGGUAUGACAGAGAGAGGAAUGGUGAAACCUAUAAUAAGAAUGGACAAGCAACAAGAUCAACGUGUGCAAAAUGGCAGAUCUCAAGAUUCCCAAGGACCAGAAAACGUGUUGCCUGCAAAUAUUGAAUUUAGAGAAAAUUCUGAAGAUGCCUUUUUGUCUGCCAUUAUUAACUAUACAAACAGUUCUACUGUGCAUUUCAAACUUUCACCAACAUAUGUGCUAUAUAUGACCUGUCGGUAUGUAUUGUCCAACAAAUACAGACCAGAUACAAGCCCUGCUGAGCGAACACACAAGGUUAUUGCUGUUGUGAACAAGAUGGUUGGAAUGAUGGAAAGUGUAAUCCAGGAAAUAGACAAAGGUAACCAGAAGCAAAAGAAUAUUGCUGGAGCUCUUGCUUUCUGGAUGGCAAACGCUUCAGAGCUUCUCAAUUUCAUAAAGCAAGACCGAGAUCUCAAUCGUAUCACAUUGGAUGCACAAGAUGUUCUUGCACAUUUAGUUCAGAUGGCAUUCAAAUACCUGGUUCACUGUCUUCAAUCUGAAUUGACCAGCUCUAUGCCUGCUUUUAUAGAUGAUCCAGAAGAAAAUGAUUCCCAAAGGCCUAAAAUAGAAGACGUUUUGCAUACUCUGACAGGUGCCAUGUCACUUCUAAGACGUUGCCGGGUCAACGCAGCACUAACUAUUCAGCUGUUCUCGCAGCUAUUCCAUUUCAUCAACAUGUGGCUGUUCAACAGGCUUGUAACAGAUCCAGACUCUGGUUUAUGCUCUCACUAUUGGGGGGCAAUAAUUCGGCAGCAGCUUGCACACAUUGAGGCAUGGGCUGAAAAACAAGGCCUCGAAUUAGCUGCAGAUUGUCAUCUUAGCAGAAUAGUUCAGGCUACUACUCUUCUCACUAUGGACAAGUACUCGCAUCAGGAUAUUCCAAAUAUUAAUAAUACAUGUUUUAAGCUGAAUUCCUUACAACUGCAAGCCCUAUUGCAAAAUUACCACUGUGCUCCUGAUGAACCGUACAUCCCAACGGAGUUGAUAGACAGUGUGGUGUCUGUAGCUGAAAACACUGCAGAUGAAUUGGCUCGAAGUGAUGGCAGAGAAGUUCAGCUUGAGGAGGAUCCUGAUCUGCAACUCCCUUUCCUUUUGCCUGAAGAUGGUUAUUCAUGUGAUGUGGUUAGAAAUAUUCCUAAUGGCCUUCAAGAGUUUUUAGAACCGCUCUGCCAGAGAGGUUUUUGCAGACUUGUCCCUCACUCACGGUCACCAGGCAUGUGGACAAUUUACUUUGAAGGAGCUGAAUUUGAAAAUAAUUUGUUGACCGACAAUACAGACCUGCCAUUAAGAAAAGAACCUGAAAUAAUCACUGUGACACUUAAAAAGCAGAAUGGAAUGGGUUUGAGUAUUGUUGCAGCAAAGGGUGCUGGACAAGAAAAACUUGGGAUUUACAUUAAGUCUGUGGUGAAAGGCGGUGCUGCAGAAGUGGAUGGUCGUUUAGCUGCAGGGGACCAACUUAUAAGUGUGGAUGGGCAAAGUUUAGUUGGUUUGUCCCAAGAAAGAGCUGCAGAGCUUAUGACUAGAACUGGGGCCGUAGUAACCCUUGAGGUCGCAAAGCAAGGCGCAAUAUACCAUGGACUUGCCACACUACUAAACCAACCAUCUCCUCUCAUGCAAAGAGAUCGACGUGGCUCAGGAAAACCACGACCAAAGAGUGAAGGUUUUGAGCUUUACAAUAAUGCUUCCCAAAAUGGGUCUCCUGAUAGCCCCCAGACACAAUGGCCAGAAUACACCGAACCCAAAAAGUUACCAGGCGAUGAUAAACUAAUGAAAAACCGUGCAGAUCAUCGAUCCAGUCCUAAUGUGGCCAAUCAACCCCAGAGUCCAGGUGGAAAAACUACUUAUUCAAGCAGCUCAACAGUGAAGAUAACAUCUGUCUCCACUGGAAACCUAUGCACUGAGGAACAGACUGCACCAGCAAGACCAGAAGCUUAUCCUAUCCCUACACAAACAUAUGCAAGAGAGUAUUUUACUUUUCCAACUCCAAAAUCUCAAGAUAGAAUAGGACCAGCUCAGAACCAAUGGCAAGGCUAUGAGGAUAAUUUCCAAGUUCAGAUGGGUAACAACCAUGCCAGAAAUACUUCGGCUCAACAAGUUGCUUAUUCUGAGGAAGAGCUAAGGGAUAAUUUAACAUUCCAGUCAGAAAGAGGGCGCGUUGAACCCCAAGUGCGGAAAGAUGUGGAACAUCUGGAUGGUAAUGAUACUUGGUUCAAUCGAGGCUCGUCUAUGGAAUCAAGUGCAUCUUGUCAAGACCUUAAUAAUUCAAAGACACAUUCUGUAGGUUCUUUGAGCAAAACAGGACCUGGUCGCUGGAAAACACCAAUUUCUUCUCAGUCAGCUACUGUUCUUUUGCCGCAGCCUGUUAGAACAGACCUUCCUCCUCCACCACCUCCACCAGUUCAUUAUGGAGCAGAAUUUGAGGGAGUCCCAAUAGAUUUACCUCUACCACCCCCACCAUCUGAGAGCCAACUAGGGCUUUCAACAAACUCACAGGCAGCUGCACUAGAAAGAAAGAAGCGGGAAGAACAUCAGAGGUGGUAUGAGAAAGAGAAGGCACGUUUGGAAGAAGAAAGAGAAAGGAAAAGGCGAGAGCAGGAAAGAAAGCUAGGCCAGGUUCGUCCUCAGCCACCAACUAUACCUCCACAACCAGUAAAUCCACAAUCUCCUCCGUUGAUUCCUCCUCCAAAUGUUGCACAAGCCAGAACAGAGAAACCUGCCACUCUUCCUCGGCAACAAGAAACUGUUAUCAGGGAGCUACAACCUCAGCAGCAGCCACGAACCAUAGAAAGAAGAGACCUCCAGUACAUUACAGUCAGUAAAGAGGAGCUUUCUUCCAGUGACAGCCUUUCCCCAGAUCCCUGGAAAAGGGAUGCCAAGGAGAAGCUAGAAAAACAGCAGCAGAUGCAUAUAGUGGAUAUGCUGAGCAAAGAGAUCAAUGAACUGCAAAACAAGCCUGACCGAACUUCUGAAGAAAAUGACCGACUCCGCAAAUUAAUGCUUGAAUGGCAGUUUCAGAAGAGACUACAAGAGUCCCAGCAGAAGGAUGACGAUGACGACGAUGACGAUGAUGAUGAUGAUGAUGUGGAUACCAUGCUCAUCAUGCAGCGUCUGGAAGCUGAAAGGAAAGCAAGGCAGACCGCUAUGCCAGCAAUCUCUAUUCUAGAUUUGUUACAGGAUGAAGAACGGAGACGGCAACAACAUUUGGAAGAGGCGCGCAAACGGGAGGCAGAAGAUCGCCUUAGGCAGGAAGAAGAGCAUCGUCAUCAAGAGGAGGAGCGGGCAAGGAGAGAGGCUGAAGAAAAGAGGAGACAGGAAGAAGAGUACUACAACCGCUUGGAAGCUGAGAGGCGCAGAAUUCAUGAAGAAGCAGAGCGGCGAUUGUUAGACCCUGAAGAGCCUGGUCUGUACAGACCUCCACUCCCACGGGAAUAUGAGCUUUCCUCCCCAACCCUCCCACCUAAUCCUCCGCCUCCCCCUCCUCAGCGUAACACCUCUUACCUCAAAACACAAGCCCUCUCCCCUGACACAGUUUACACUGCCAAGUUUGUUACAUACACUGAUGAUGAGGAAGACACAAACCUAUCAGGUCAGGAUAAGUACUCCAGCAUGAGAAAAUCUUAUGGUGACCUCCCUCCAGCUGCUCAUAAACCACAGCUGCCUGCUGCACGGCUGCCUCGUCCUGUAUCCGAUGGCAUCUUUCUUUCCGGCUCAUUUCAGCCCCCUUCAGCCAAUGCCAACAGUACUGCUUCCAAAACGGGUCCACCUAUAGCAAAUAAACCAAGUUUCCUCCAUUACAGCAGCUCCAAAGGACCAAAUUCUUAUUCUGGAUCAUCUGGUGCAGCAGUUCCUGGUAAUGAAGUUUAUAAAGAUCCGAGGGAUGUGCGACUAAAAAGCCAAGAUGGAGAAGCUUAUAGCACUGGUGGAGCCCCAGAGAGCCUAACCUUUAAGGAGCGCCAGCGGCUCUUCUCUCAGGGCCAGGAUGUGUCUAACAAAGUGAAAGCUUCCAGAAAAUUAAUGGAACUGGAAAAUGAGUUAAACACAAAAUAAUCUUGGACAUACACUGAUAAGGCACCAUUUCUAAUAAAGGGACUUUGGUGGAAAACAUUAAAUAAAUAUAUAUAUAUAUAUAUAUAUAUAUAUAUAUAUAUAUAUAUAUAUAUAUAUAUAUAUAUAUAUAUAUAUAUAUAUAUAUAUAUAUAUAUAAAAUAUAAACACACACAUUUUUUUUUCUAUGUAAAGAGUGAUUUUAAGAUUGAGGUAAUCUAAAAAUAUAGAAACACCAUUAUAGCUAAAGCAAUUAUUGUUACACUAAGCAUAGUUUGUUUUUUGGGUUUUUUUUGUUUGUUUUUUUUAUACAAAUGAAACACUAAUGUACAUUUUUUAAUUAUAUAAAUCUCUUGAAACAGAUUCAAGUAUGGGGAACACAAAUAAUUACUGAUAUUCGUGUCUUUUUUUUUUUUUUUUUAACUUGUGUUCAAGCAAUCGGCUCAGAUCUGAGCAGGAGUCAUGUUCCCCUGUGUUUUUGCGUCUACUGAAAUUUAAACUGGCUAGGCUGCAUUAUCCUUCUUAUAAAAUGCAUCUUAUUUGAUUGCACAUUAUAAUGUGCACUGCCUUUUUACUGUGUGUGUGCAUGUGUGUGUGCUUGGGUGCGUGUGUGCGUUCCAUGUCUGUAAAAUAACAUUUUUGAGUACCUCUUUACCAAACUUGAUACAUUACUGAAGAAGAGUGGGAGAAGCUUUAUGGUUUCUGUUGCACAAUGCUAUAAUAUAUAAAUUGGUUCUCCACAUACAUAUUAAGUAUUAUGGUUUUGUAAUAGAAAAAUAGAAAUUUUAUAAAUAAAGUAUCUUUUCUGCAAAU